AUGGCCUCAAUCGUCCAAUCCAUGCUGGCCGCAACCAACUUCAAGAACCCCUUCCUGCGCACCCUCAUUCCGUCCAUCGGCCUGGCCUACGGCAUCCAAGCCGCGGUAGCAAUUCCAUCGAUCGCAUUCCAAACUGAGCGCUUCUACGACCUCUCAGGCUCUCUCACCUACAUCUCCUGCACAGCCCUAUCCCUCUACCUCCCCACUCUCCGUGCCCGCGCAGCAGCUUCCCUCUCCUCCACCGCCCCAGCAUGGCCUAGUCUCCUCGCCAGCUUGACCAGCAAAGGCGGCGUCAAUGCCUGGAACUGGCGGCAAGUCGUCCUCUCCGCCGCUGUAACAAUCUGGGCCGCCCGUCUUGGAUCCUUCCUUUACGCCCGCAUCACCUCUGAAAACGGCCAGGACAGCCGCUUCGACAGCAUCCGGGGCUCUCCUCUCAAGUUCCUUGGAGCUUGGACGGCACAAGCGACGUGGGUAUCGCUUUGUCUCAUGCCAGUGCUGGCACUGAACAGCAUCCCGGCCACUGCACUAGCAGCCUUGCCAUUCGUCACCAUCACGGACGUAAUCGGCCUGCUGCUCUACGUAGGCGGCAUCACAUUCGAAGCCACCGCGGACCGGCAGAAGAACCAAUGGGUGGAGGAGAAGAAGGCCAAGAAGCACGACGAGGACUUCUUGACCCGCGGUUUGUGGUCGAAGAGUCGGCAUCCUAACUACUUUGGCGAGAGCACGCUGUGGACUGGGAUCGCUACGACGGCCGCUGGGGUGAUGUUGAGCGGGGUUGGGCAGGCUGGCAUGGGGUUCAGUGGUGGAAUUGGUGCGAAGGUGGGAGCGCUGGCGAUGGCGGGUGUGAGCCCGGCGUUUGUGACGUUUUUGUUGUUGAAGGUCUCCGGUAUUCCGCUGAGCGAGAACAAGUACGACAAGCGCUACGGUGAUCGCAAGGACUAUCAGGAGUGGAAGAAGAACACUCCGAUGUUCAUUCCUAAGCUAUAG